AGUCAAAUGAAUCAAAAUGAUAUUAUUGAAUUAAUAAAUAGUCAAGCAAGUCAAUCACAAGUUUUCAAUCUAAAAUCGGAUAAAUCAAAAGUAUUCCAUUUAGGUAAAAUUGAAGAUUAUCGUAAGAAAUCAAAAGAGUAUAUAGAAAAAACUCAAGCAUAUAAAUAUCUUGGAAAUGAAGAUCGAUUACCUGAUUUAAUCCAAAGAACAAAUAAGUAUUUGUUAGAUUUACGACUAACUAAAUGGAUAACUCAAAAACAAUAUGAAUUAUUAAGUAUAAAACCAAAUGAAGUAGAAUUGGCGCAUUUAUAUUAUUCACCAAAAGUUCAUAAAUCUGGCACUCCUCAACGUCCAAUUAUAAGUGGACUUAAACAUCCUACAAUUAAAAUAUCAAAAUUUCUUGACGAUUUAUUAAGACCAUUAUUUGAUAAAAUGGCCCAAGAAACAACAGUCACUUCUGACUUUAAAUUAGUCAAGAAAUUAAAUGAAUGGUCAAAAGUAAAUAUGAAUCAGAAUACUAUAUUCUGUACCAUUGAUGUUAUUGAUUUAUAUACAAUGAUUCCACAAGUAGAAGGAGUGUUAUCAUGGAAGAAAAUGUUAGAUUAUCUGAAAUUGAAAAAAGCUAAUGGCUUUAAAGUAGAAACUAUUAUUAGAUUAAGUCGAUUUGUGAUGCAAAAUAAUUAUUUUUCUUAUGAUGGUCAAUUUUAUCAUCAAAUUCGAGAUGGAGCUAUGGGAUCUCCGUUAACUUUAACAAUUGCUAAUUGUUAUAUGUUCUUCUUUGAACAAGCCCUUGCCAAACAAAUUAAGAAUGGUGUUGGACUCUAUUUUCAAUAUAUCGAUGAUCUAUUUAUUGUGAUUAAUUGGUCCACCAGAUAUUUAUUGAAACAAAUCGACAGAUAUUGUUCUACAUAUCAAACAUACUUGGAUGAACGUGAAAAAUUACGUAUAACAUUACUAUUAAAUAAAUAUCCGAAUAAAUUUAUUGAACAACAAUUCAAUAGUGUUUUAUUAAAAUAUAGUAUUGAUGAACCAUUAAAUAUGAUUAAUUAUGAUGAAUAUCGUCAAAACGUGCUAGAUUCACCUUCCAAAGAACAUGUAAGAAUUGAUUAUGAUAAAGUUAUGUUUAUUCAUUUUACUUACUGUUUAAGUAUGAAAGCAUUUCCUUUAAAAUUUCAUACAUUAUGGAGUAAAUAUUUUGGUGAAUCUCCGAUUAAUGAAAUUAUACCUGUACUUGGUACACGUAAUGUUAAAAAUUUAUAA